AUGGCGUCCUCCACCACCAUGCCUCCUCCACCCACUCCUUUUGCUCAUCGCCGUACUCCCAGACUCAUCACCAAGGGUCUCUCCGCGUCUUCUCCCACUUCGACAGAGUCAUCAGCAUGCAUCUUGCAUAAGAUGUCCCUGUCCAAGGGCGCCACUUUCCAUCACUCAUCCUCGCCGGCGACUGGGGAUGACCCAGUGCUCAGUAUCCCUCACCUGACUCGUCGCUCUCCAACAUGCUCUCAGUCGACUCUCACUAGCUGGCUUUCUGAAAAGGAAGACGUCACGCAGUCUAUCGCAGACUUCGAACACACCUUCUCUGGCGCCCGAGGUCGAAAGACAUCAAGCCGUCGUCGCUCGACUCAACCGCUUGACCAACAGGUCUGGGUCCGCCGCGUCUCGCUGCCUUCCGACGAAGGGUUGGGUUCCUCAAUCAGCCCGUCGAGUGAUAAAGGUCUGGCCAAGACAUUCGAAAGAGCUUUGGAUUUGUUGUCGAACAAGGACAGUGGGCUGGGCACUUCCAUCAGUGACUCGGCUGAGAAAGUCGUGGGGGCCACUCCCGAAGACGACGGUCUUGCACAAGCAGUUCAAGGUUGGAUUGCCCGCUGCAUGUUGAUGUGUGAAGACAGUGUUGACAAACCUCCCGCAGUAGCUGACUCUACAGAAGCGACAACUCGACACACUAGGCAACGAGACAGUCUCCCCUCAUCUACGGCUUCCAGCGUCGUUACCCGAUCCGCUGUCACGCAGAGCAUCAGUCCGCCUAUUUCUCGACCUGCCCUGCGACACCCCGCACUGAGUCCUUCCGCACGGAAGAAGAUCAAGGACUACAUAAUCACUCCCAUCCUCCGAGAAGACCGGUUUGAAGACUUCCAUCCUCUGGUCACCGCACUUGGAUCCAAGAACAAUAAGGCUGUCAGAUGUCUGCGUGAUCUUGAACAGAGCCUCAUCUUCCAGCCACUGGUAAGCACCCUCAUCGUCGACCGAUUGACAUUCUCUGACGUCGAUCAUCAUAAGACCCUUGCCAUCUCGAGGCAUUUGUACCGCAUCUUUGGCGAGUUUACGAUCCAGCUUGUUGUCGAUACCUAUCAACAUCUUGCUGAAUCUGAACAACGACGUGCUGCUGACCGUCCAUACGAUAACGGUUACUUCCUUGAUCUCGUCCAACAAGUCAACCGACUAGCUGCGCAUAUCGGCUCUUCCAGUCGCGCUCAGCAGGCGGGCACUGCUGAGGAAGACGACGACAUGUCUUACUCCAUUGAUGAUGAAGUCACCCUUGAGGGUGGCCUCGGUGAAACUGGCAAUGAGGCUGAACUCGUUCGCUGGAAGAACGGCAAGGGCUACUCUCUACGGACUGGUCUUCCUUAUGUGCCAACACCUGGAGUCAAGCGAUCAAGCAGUGAGGCUCUUGAUGAAGACGUGGCACGGUCCAUGGCUCGUAGAAAGAAGGGCUACAUCCCUGAAAUUGUCGAGAUGAAAUGCUCCGACCCUACCUGUGACAAGGUCUUCAACAGGAAAUGUGAUCUGGCCAAGCACGAGAAGACUCAUUCUCGUCCUUUCAAAUGUCCUGAGACGAGCUGCAAGUAUCACGAACUUGGCCUUCCAACUGAGAAGGAACGUGAGCGGCAUGUCAAUGACCGUCAUUCCAAGAAUCCUGUCUUCUACAAGUGCGAAUUCUGUGAGUUCCGAACCAAGCGUGAGAGCAACUGCAAGCAGCAUCAGGAAAAGAAGCAUGGUUGGCACUAUGAACGUGCCAAGGGCAAAGACAAGGCUGUCACCAGAAUGACGCCGGCUCAGACCCCACGAACUCCAAGCAUGGAUUACUCUCCAAGCCCCGCCGUUUCCAUCAGAACUUGGGACGACGCCAGCUCUGUUGCGGGCAGCAUCGCUGGAAGCAUGCCAGGUAGCUCUUCCAUAACCCCAUUCGAGCAGCCCAUCAAUGCUUUUGACAACUUCAACUCAACGCCGGUCACCUACUCCAACCCGAUUUUCCCACGCAACACUCCUGCAACACAAUAUAACCCAAUGGGUGACGAUUUCGACUUCAACGCUCCCUUCCAGGGCCUCUACCAGCCUGCUCAGUAUCCCAACAUGAUGACCACGCCUAUUACACCAACAUACAGCAACAUCACCGAGCCGUCUCCAUACAACACGGCAAUGGAAAUCACGGUGGACUGCAACAAUCCGACUUCUUGGAAUCAAGGGCUGCCGACACCGAGUUCUUACUUCCAGCCCACCUCCCGCAACCCAUCCAUCUCAAGCCACUCUCCUAUGAUUGCCGGUCCUUCUGGACAGUCAUUCAACGAUGCCCCGUUGAUUGGCUCGGACGUGGAGUUCCCCCACAGUGACUUCUCACUCUUUGCGGGCGAGGCCAGCAAUGCCUUUUCCAAUCCGGCCGCUGCCACCGCGACUUUGUUCCCGGGUGGUCCUGAGGCCUUUGCUACUUUGGACAACGACCCCAUGUUCGAUUCGGCAUGGAACGAUAGCGAUUUCAUCGACUAUGAUAUGAACAACUAG